AUGUUUCAAUUUAGCUCCCGACGAAGAUUUUGUCCCAAGGAUCAUUGGUUGAUUUAUGGAUUGGAUACUGAAAGUUUUUCAAGUGCUGUAGUUGCUGAAGAAUAUGCUUUGGAAGAAAACGAUUCAUCAUCAUCAUCUCAUACUGAUGGUAUCACCUCGGCAUUUGAACGACGUCGAUUACAACAUGUUAAGCAAACCAUGUCAAAGGCAAGAUUGGCGAUGGUAAGCCCUCGGCUUGGAUUAUUGAACAACAUCCCUUUUGUCAUUUCAUUUGAACAUCGUGUACAGAUCUUUCGUAUGUUUGUGAACAACGAUCGAAGACGCAAUGACAUUUUGGACGCUUUGGAUUAUGUACGACCUCACGCAGAAGUUCAGAUUCGACGUCAACAUGUAUUUGAAGAUGGAUUCAACCAAUUAUAUAAACUUGGACCUGACUUGAAAAAGAAAAUAGCCAUCAUAUUUAUCGAUUCAUUUGGUCUGAUGGAAAGUGGUAUUGAUGGUGGAGGUGUUUUCAAGGAAUUUUUAACAAGUCUUGGUCACGAAGCCUUCAAUACUGAUUAUGGAUUGUUUUCCUCGACUCCGGAUCAACUAUUAUACCCUAACCCUAGCUCUUUUGCAACUGAAGGAUCACAACUUGCCUAUUUUGAAUUCCUUGGAUUGAUCAUUGGCAAGGCAUUAUAUGAAGGUAUCCUAUUGGACGUGGCAUUUGCUGAAUUCUUUUUGAAAAAGUGCUUGGGGAAGAUCAAUUACUUGGAUGACCUUCCGUCUUUGGAUCCAGAACUUUACAAGGGUUUGAUUCAAGUGAAAAAUUUCAAGGGCAACGUGGAAGACUUGUGUUUAGAUUUUACCCUAACUGAAAAUGAAGCAGAUCAGCCUCGAGUGAUCAAUUUGAUACCUAAUGGCAGUAAUGUCUUAGUGACUAAUCAAAAUCGUAUUAGAUAUGUGUAUCUAGUAGCAAAUUAUAGACUCAACGUGCAAAUUGCGAAACAAUGCAAGGCAUUUUUCAAUGGACUAUCGACGAUUGUGGAUACGAAAUGGUUAAGAAUGUUUAAUCAGCAAGAACUACAAGUCAUGUUGGGCGGUGCUUCGGUACCUAUUGAUAUUGGAGAUCUACGACAACAUACAAUAUAUGCGGAUUAUAACGACACUGAUCCAGUCAUCCAAAACUUGUGGAGAGCAUUGUCCAGUUUCAGUAAUGAAGAAAGAAUGAAAUUUGUCAAGUUUGUCACAUCAUGUUCUCGUCCUCCUAUCUUGGGAUUCAAGGAACUUCAACCUCAAAUCUGUAUUCGACGUGCUGGAAGGGAUGAAUCAAGAUUACCCACUAGUUCUACUUGCGUCAAUCUAUUAAAAUUACCUUCGUAUAGCACAUAUGAUAUUCUACGAGAGAAACUUUUGUAUUCUAUCAAUGCUGAUGCUGGUUUUGAUCUGUCCUAG